AGAUUGCAAUUAGUAUGGAAAUAAAACCUAUAUUUAGAGCAAAACGAAUAAUUCAUAGAAAAAAACAGUUUGAUGAAAAUGUCAAUGAAGAGACAACACAAUCUACUGAAGAAUCUUUUAGAAUUAAUUAUUUCUUAUUUGUAGUAGAUCAAGCAAUUUCUUCAAUUCAAAUCAGGUUUGAACAAUUUGAAAUAUAUGGUUGCUUCUGCAGAAAGAAGUUUUUCAAAAUUAAAAUUGAUAAAAUCUUAUCUAAGAUCAACAAUGUCGCAUAA